AUGACGUCAUUGAACAUUAGGGAAGAGGACAUCCCACGCCUGGAUGGAAAAGUUGCAAUAAUUACUGGGGGCAGCUCCGGGAUUGGCCUGGCCACGGCCCGCAUUCUCCAGGCUCGCGGCGCGCGCGUGCACGUGCUCGACCUGCACCCCAUCGACGAGAGUUUCGACUGUCACUUCAGCCCUUGGCCCACGGCGGCGGCGGCGGCGGCGAGCGGACGCAGCGCGACGACGGGCGGCGAUACGGCAGCGCGUGGCACCAUCACCUACCGGCGCUGCGACGUGGCCGACUGGGCAAGCCUGCGGGAAGCCUUCACCGACAUUGGCCAUGUCGACAUGGCGGUCGCGAACGCCGGCGUCUCGCAGGAUGGCGACCUCUUUGCAGAUGUGCUGGAUGACGGCGGACAGCUGGCCGAGCCCCGCUACGGCGUCAUCGACGUCAACCUGCGCGCGGUGCUCAACUUCGUCAAGCUCAGCGUCAGCGCCUUCCGGCGGCAGCAGAAGCCCGGCGGCGCCAUUGUGCUGGUAAGCAGCGCGACGGCGUAUGCGCCCGAGCUCAGCCUGCCCGUCUACAGCGCGGUCAAGCUGUCGGUGGUCGGCCUCGUGCGCGCGCUACGCCCGUCAAUACAGCACCUCUGCGGCGCCACCAUCAACGGCGUAGCGCCGGCGGCCACGGUGUCGAAGCUGCUCCCGGUGGACCUGGCGGCGCCCAUCGUUGCCGCCGGCGCGCCCGUCAGCACCGCCCACCAUGUUGGCCUAGCUGUGGCCUUUUCGGCGACGGCAGGCCAGCCGAGCCAGGUAGAAAGCUACGGGCGCGACACCGACAAGCAGGUGCAGGCUGCAGGCCGGUGGAACGGCCGUGUGAUCCUCACGCUGGGCGACCGCUGGACCGAGGUGGAAGAGGGGUUGGCCAAGCUGAGGCCGCAGUGGAUGGGCGAGUGGAAUGCCGAGAUGACGGCGUUCCAGCAAAGGCUGACUGAUUCAAGGGCCGUUGUGGAGCACUGA